AUGGCAAGUGAACAGGACAAACUAAACAUUGAUGGAAUUAUAGGACGCUUAUUAGAAUUUCGUGGUGCAAAACCGAAUAAAAAUGUUCAUUUAAGUGAAAAUGAAGUACGUGGGUUAUGUUUGAAACCUCGAGAAAUAUUUCUUAGUCAACCAGUAUUACUAAAAUUAGAAGCAUCAUUAAAAAUAUGCUGCGAUAUUCAUGGUCAAUAUUAUGAUUUGCUUCGUCUAUUUGAUUGA